GCUUGUUUGACUCAAAAGCAGAGAAGGGGUGGAGGAGAAGGUGAAGAACAAGUAGAUCUGAGUGUGAAGCAAAUCCUCCCUAAGUUUUCAACUUUCAAUCAAAGGGUCCUCAAAAAUGCUCUGAACCCUCUUCUUCUUCUCCUUUUCUGCCUCCAUAAACACUAUCAGAGAAUGCCUCGUCCUUCUUUUCACAAGCUUAUUCUCCCCACCACCCUCCAAUCCAGACAACUGAGGAUUCCAGAUAAUUUCCUGAGGAAAUAUGGGGGGCAACUUUCUACAAUUGCUACCCUGACUGUUCCUGAUGGUAAUGUUUGGCGUAUAGGUUUGAAAAAGGCAGACAACAGAAUUUGGUUCGUUGAUGGUUGGCAAGAAUUUGUUCAACGCUACUCCAUUGGCAUUGGAUAUUUCUUGGUAUUCAUGUAUGAAGGGAAUUCAUCUUUCAUUGUUCAUAUUUUUAAUUUGAGUACUUCUGAGGUAAAUUAUCAAUCAGUCAUGAGAAACCGUAAUGAAGGGCCUUGCUUUGCAAAUUAUCAUCAUAUUUUUGAUGAAAUGGAAGAUGUAGACUCCUUUGAUUUGUCGGAUUCGUCAACUCCAUACCUUACGUCUGGUGCAUUGCAAAACAAGGUUUUUGCUGGACCUGUGAAUCAAAUGACACCUGGGAAGAGUCAUACUCCAGCUUUGCAGAAUUUGUUUAAUGGUGGGUCUAAACUUAAUCGCGUAAACUGGGGAGAUAGUGGAAGUGUUUUUCCUCCAAAGGGUGCCAAUUCGCAAGACCAUCCAUCAACCAGAGACAUCGGUGUUCAGUUUAAUGCUAUUGAGUUUAAAAGGUCUACUGAAGAAUUGAAAUUGCGUUUUUCCAAUGAGGAAGGGGUUAAUAAGACUGCAACUGCAAGAAAGAAGCGGAAAGUAGAUCCCAAUGGUGAGGAACCCUCUGGUGAAAAUGAAGAUGAGGUAGAAAUGCGCUACAGGUUUUAUGAAAGUGCAUCUGCAAGAAAAAGAACCGUGACAGCAGAAGAAAGAGAAAGGGCAAUUAAUGCAGCAAAAGCAUUUGAACCACCUAAUCCUUUCUGUCGAGUUGUCCUGCGACCCUCCUAUUUAUACAGGGGAUGCAUAAUGUAUUUGCCUUCGUGCUUUGCCGAAAAGAAUCUCAACGGGGUUUCAGGAUUCAUUAAACUUCAGAUCUCCAAUGGGAGACAAUGGCCAGUUCGCUGCCUUUAUAGAGGAGGUAGAGCAAAGUUAAGCCAGGGAUGGUUUGAAUUUACAUUGGAGAACAAUUUGGGGGAAGGUGAUGUAUGUGUGUUUGAGCUGCUUAGAAUGAAGGAGGUUGUGCUGCAAGUUACUGUAUUUCGAGUAACUGAGGAUGCUGCAGGGUUGAUGAACCCUUCCCCUAUGCAACAGCAGGGCCAAAAUGUGAGUCACACUAAACUCUUGAACCCUCACUUGCAGCAUCGCGUCAGCACAACCAAAUUGGUCAGAAAUUAGCAGGAAGAGUUAAUUCCUGAUAGCCACUAAACUGUGUUAAGUAGCUCCUGUUUCUGGGUGAUCUGUUGUUCAUCUAAUUUCUUCACUUGGAACUUUGAUGCUUUACAUGUCCAUAAACAUUUGAACCUAGUUAUUGUAGUUUUGAUACAAAUUUCUUUUGUUUUUGACUUGGGUUGUACAUAGAUUGUUCAAUCUAGUUGAUCAAAGACCGAGUCGUAAUGCUUGUCCUAGUGCUAUUGAUGAUGUCUACUUUACUGUGUGUUUCUUCUACUGAUUGCUGAAAAUAUGUUUU